CCCAUUCUGCUCCUGUUGUGUAAGUCGUGGCAGCAGCCGACAAACAGAGGAGAGAGAGGGAGAGAGAGAGAGCGAGGGAGAGAGAGAGAGAGAGAUGGAGAGAGAAACAGAGAGAGAGAGAGAGCCCUGGCGUUCUCAGACAGACACUCAUCGCUCGCUCUCUCACUGGCUCGGUGGACAGAGCUGUGGCGCAGGAGGAGAGGAGCACAGAGAGGACACGCUGCCCGAUCAGAGAGAGGGGACCAGAGGAACAGUCUGUCUGCACGGGAGGAAGAGAAUACAGAAAAUAACAGGGCAAUAUCCAAAGGAGGGAGAGAGAGAGAGAGAGAGAGAGAGAGAGAGAGAGAGAGAGAGAGAGAGAGAGAGAGAGAGAGAGAGAGAGAGAGAGAGAGAGAGAGAGAGAGAGAGAGAGAGAGAGAGAGAGAGAGAGAGAGAGAGAGAGAGAGAGAGAGAGAGAGAGAGAGAGAGAGAGAGAGAGAGAGGGAAUGCACACAUCUACUUCAUGGGAGGAGGAGGAGCCCAGUUGGGGGUGGAGCUGAGAAGGAUUGACGGACAUCGGCACAAGAGGAGGAGCGUGAGGGCAAGUUAAUGAAUUUGAUUUGGAGAGAAGUAUUUUUAGAAAAGGAAGAAAACAAGAGGAGCGUUACGAUUAGAAAUGCCACAGUUCUGAGCGAGAGAAACAGAGUGAAAGAAAACUGGAACGAGAGAAUGAGGGAGAGAGAGAUACCAGGAUCUGAGUGUGACUGAACAGAUUUUCCAUCGACUCUGGUCAGGUUUCCCACAGGGAAACGCAGUGUGUGUGCAUGUGCUCCUCUCUCAGUGUGAAUGAGUGUUUGCGUGCAUCUGGGACUAAGAAGUGUCUGCUCCUCGCACAAGACGGGCUGGCCGUACAUUAUCACCCGCAGGACACAACACCCACUUCUCCAGUCAAGAGAGGAGAAGAAGAGAAAGGACAAUGAAGGGGGAAUAGGGAGGGAGUGAAAGAGUGACAGAUGGGAAGAGGGGAAGGCUGGAAAUCAAGAAGAUAAAAGUGAGCUCACAAAAAAAGCCGGAGAAUAAAUUAGCGAGGUAGACUCACAAAGGCAAUUAGUGAUGCGCGCCUGCUCGUUUUAGCAGUGUCAGCCGUGGUGGUGUUGGAGGGUUAGCAGGUUGAACGAGGCUGAGCUGAUCGAAGUGGAGCGACGGCAAAGUCCCAAAAGACAGCAGCCUCGGUCGGCAGAGAGGAGCGCCGACAGAGCAGAGGGAACCGGCAGGACGAGCCGUUCUUUGACAGACGGCACCAGAUAGAACCACAACAGACUCACUGCUCUCUUCUUUAACCUUCCGUUCUUUCAUUUUGUCUGUGCUUCUCAGCUCAUCUUGCCUCUCUCUCCUCUAGCACUCACUCCACCCCCUCUCUUCUCCCUCCCUAUCCUUUUCCCUCUCCCUCCCUCCCUCUCGCUUUCUAGCUCUCUCUCUCUCCCUCUGUCUCUUCCUCCCUUGCUCUGUGUUACACUAACUGGUGCGGAUGCUGGAGUCGCUCAUGUAGAAGCUGCAUCGCUUGGUGCAUAUUUGCAUGGCUGAAUGUAUUUUUUACUGCUGAGUUGGGUGAGUGGAGUACUUUCAGGUCAAAGGAACCAGAUGGACUGAGAGGGAGAAGCCCAACAAGUAACUAAAGAGUAAAACAGGACACCAACAACAACAAACAGAAGACACUGUGACAGAGAGAGAGAGUUAGUAUGUGUGUGUGAGUGAGGUUGUGUGUGAGGAGAUUGUACGGAUUGUCAGAUAAGCACAAAUCCAGGUGUGGAUUACACCAGUGGGGAUAUCGGUGCCCUGGAGCUCCAUGUGGGGCCCAGCCCCUGAGGCCUGGCUGGGAGAUGAAGCCUUUCUCUCGGCACUAGGAGCGGUUUGGGCAGCCAUGGCUCUGGAGGGGCGAUGUCUCCAGCGGGGAUCCCCAGCCGUGGUGAGGAGAGGCCGCCGGCGCCUCCCUGCAAGGCCAGGCCUGUCCUCAAUCACCUCCACCCUGCUGGCUGGGACAAGUCUGCAUGGCCUCAGGCAUGUGUGUGUGUCCGGUGGCUCCAUUGGCCGUCGGGCCUUCUGGCUGCUGGCCCUGUGCACCUCAUUGGGCCUGCUCCUGUCCUGGUCCUCCAACCGCCUGCUCCACUGGCUCUCCUUCCCCACCUACACACGGAUCCACACAGAGUGGGCCAAGGAGAUGGCCUUCCCCACAGUCACUAUCUGCAACAACAACCCAAUCCGCCUCUACAAGCUCACCAAAAGUGACCUGUACUUUGCUGGCCACUGGCUGGGCCUACUGCUGGCCAACCGGACAGUGAGACCCAUGGUGCUGGAUUUGCUGCAGGAGGACAGCCAGGCCUGGUUCAGCAAACUGUCUGACUUCAGGCUGUUCCUGCCCCCCAGAAACUUUGAGGGCAGCAACCUAGAGUUUAUGGACCGGCUGAGCCACCAGCUAGAGGAAAUGCUUCUCUCCUGCAAGUACCGAGGAGAACCGUGCGGUCCCCAGAACUUCACCUCUGUGUUCACCAGGUAUGGGAAGUGUUACAUGUUCAACGCAGCGGAGGAGGGGAAGACGCUGCGGACCACCAUGAAGGGAGGGACGGGGAACGGCCUGGAGAUUAUGCUGGACAUCCAGCAGGACGAGUACCUACCCGUGUGGGGCGACACAGAGGAGACAGCGUUCGAGGCAGGAGUGCGGGUGCAGAUCCACAGCCAGGCAGAGCCCCCGUUCGUCCACGAGCUGGGCUUUGGCGUUGCCCCGGGCUUUCAGACUUUUGUUGCCACUCAGGAGCAGAGGCUGACCUACCUUCCUCCUCCGUGGGGAGAGUGUGAGUCCAAGGCCCUAGACUCUGGCUUCUUCCAGGUCUAUAGUGUGACAGCUUGCAGGAUCGACUGUGAGACACGCUACAUCGUGGAAAACUGUAACUGCAGGAUGGUGCACAUGCCCGGUGAUUCUCCAUUCUGUACCCCUGAACAGUACAAAGACUGUGCAGAGCCUGCCCUUGCCAAGUUGUCAAUGCUGGAGAGUAGUAACUGCAUCUGUAGGACACCAUGCAACAUGACACGCUACAACAAGGAGCUGUCCAUGGUCAAGAUCCCCAGUAAGACCUCAGCACGCUACCUGGAAAAGAAGUUCAACCGCUCUGAGAAAUACAUCACUGAUAACAUCCUAGUCCUGGAUGUGUUCUUUGAAGCCUUGAACUAUGAGACCAUUGAGCAGAAGAAAGCCUACGAAGUGGCAGGCUUACUGGGUGAUAUAGGUGGUCAGAUGGGUCUGUUCAUCGGGGCCAGUAUCCUUACCAUCCUGGAGCUAUUUGACUACGCCUAUGAGGUGGUGAAGGACAAGUUGCUGGACCUACUGAGCCGAGACGACGAGGAGGAGAGCCACGGAGAGGACGUGAGUUCCUGUGACCCGGUGGGGAACCACUCAGAGGCCAUCAGCCACACGGUGAGCGUCCCCCUACAGACCACCCUGGGCACGCUGGAGGAGAUCGCCUGCUGAGCCCCCAGCCCAGCUCCACACGCACACCAGGCAAGGCCACUGUGAGCCACCACCACACGGGGAGCCAGUGAGCAACAGCCUCUUCCACAGGCUACCAGGACAGAAUGAUAGUGACUUUGGUGGGGAGGAUGGGUGGCUGGUCAGAGGAAAGGGUGGCUGGGUUGGGCUAGACUGGGCUGGACUGGGCCUCCCCUCCACACUGUCACUGCAGCACUAAUGGGGAUUAAGGAGCUGUCACCUGGACUUACUGGUGCUCUCUGUUACUGGAACUGUUACUGUGCUGCUGGAGGGGGACAGCCACCCCCCCUCCCCCUCACAUGCUCAUCUACCUGACUUGUCUUCUCCAGUUCACAGACAGACAGACUGCACUGUAAACCUAACGGGAAGGGACUCAUCUCUGUCCUAGACAUGUGUAUUCACUAGUCACCCAUCGGUCAGUACUGCCAGACAUUGUACCAUAACAGUUGCUGUGAACUGUCCAAGUUGCAUGCGCUGCUUCCUCUCAGAGACGGUUUCUCUCUUUGGUGAUGCUGAUUGGCUGACGCUGGACUGCAGUGUUGCUUUACUGUACAUUUGCCCUGUCUCUCUCCGGGGCCUAUGAGAUGAGGCCAGCUAAAGAAAUAGAAUGUAUAGAUUGAACAUGGUUCACUAUAACAUAUUUCAUAUGACACAUCCAUCUAAGGCAGUUCCAUUUUGUUGAUGCACUGUUUUCUUAGGCGGCAAGUUGUAUAUCUACGGGAAGGGCUGUUGGGUCUGUAUUUGCAUUCAUAUUGGGAAAACAUGAGCAUUCUAAAGAAUCAAUUCCAAAAUGACUGUUUUGCAUUCGGUUAUUUAUUUUGUUGUCCGUUUUAUUGAUUCCACUCCUAUCAAUGUACCACAAGGUGAGUACCCCGAGGGAAGGCAAGGUACUGAGCUGCUUCUUAACAACAUAUUAAACAGGUGCCAUAUUCCUAUGUGUAAACUCAUGUAAAUAAUUAAACGCUUGCCUCUUGGCGGCAGCGCCUCAGUGGGGUAAAAGCACUCAUUGAUGACUGAGGCUGAGCCAAAACCAGAGAGGUGGAGUAUGACAUUGUUUACCUGGCAGAAUACAAGCAGAGUACAAAUGUCGCUCAUAAAUGAACAUGCUGGGGGGGUUUAUUUUCAUUUCAGCUGCAUGAUGUGGGUGUGUUGUCUGGUGAGAACUGACGGACUCCCAACUCAUCAUAUUUUACAUAAUGGACUUGGCCCUUACAUAGAGAUAGCCCAGCUAGAAAUUUAAUUGAAUUGAAAAUGGAAUUUCCAUGAUAAUCACGGUUCUAUUAAUGGAAAUAAUGUUUGGACGAUAAUAAUUGCACUGAUGUCGAUUCAGACGAGGGGAAAUUAUCUUCUGAUUCAUUUGAGGAUACAGGGUGUGUUGUAUUGUGGGGUUAAUAUUGGUGUUGUAGUACAAAAAAACAAAACGGUACGAGACAGUGUUCUGUCCUGUCUACAGUGGACAUGUUAUUGAAGAAGGACUUACAUGAACUGACGUAUGACUGGUUGACAUUUUGAUUUGAGGCAAAUACUAAUUUGCUAACAGAGCAGGAUAAUAAUUAAAAUCAUCGAGCCCAACAUGUAAAGCCUGUCGUUUGCAGAAACGGUAGCCUGCAGACUUUGCCGGGACUAUUGUCCAUCUCUGACUGAAAGACACAAUCUUUGUCAAAUUGGAGGUGAUUUUAAGCCGAUAGCCCCAAACAAACACAUUUAAUAACCAGUUCAAAUCAAACUCACCAAACCAUAUGGGUGGUGUGAAAACCACAGGAGGUGUUUUUCUGUUCUCAAAAAAAGUGACAAAGGACUAUCCAAAACCCUGACAUGAAACGCUGACUGGUCUGAGUCCAUCUCAAAAAGGAUUUGGUUUGCACUUUAUGUUUCGUUAACACCCCUCCCAUCUAGUGCCAUCACACUAAAAAGGGCCAUAUUGCAUCACUAUGAUAUGACGAGUACAUCCAUCUAGAGUAGCAUAUCAACUAGCCAUGAUUAUCCAGACAGGCGGGAGGUAGCCUAGCAGUUAGCAUGUUGGGCCAUUAACCGAAAGGUCGCUGGUUUGAAUACCCAAGCCGACAAGGUGAAGAAUCUGCCGAUGUGCCCUUGAGUCAGGCAGCUAAACCUAAUUUGCUCCAGGGGCGUCGUACUGCUAUGACUGACCCUGUAAAACAACACAUUUGACUGCAUCUAUCCGGUGUAUGUGACUAAACUUCUACUAUGGCAUCGUUAUAAUGUACAGUACAGGUGGGAAUGAACUCCAAGUGCUUUGUGAACUAUGAUUUCCUGUCUGUUGUUGACCUGCUGUGUGUAAUCUAAUCUCUCAUGUAUGGCUUAUCAUGUCUCCUUUAGCAGUGACCUCAGCCAUCUCCAGGGGCGGACUUGCCAUCUGGCAUUUGCCUGAAAUGCCAGAUGGGCUGGUUCAUUUUUAGCCUAGUGGGCCUGUCUAACAGAAAAUUGUUACUUUGCUAAAUUAUCAUUAUCUGACCUUGAGGAAAAAUAUGGACCGGUGUGAGGACCUCAAGGAAAAAAAUGGGCCGGUAUAUUGCAAAUGCAAGAGCCAAUUUCUGGUCCCAGUCCUCCCCUGCUUCUCACCUACUGUAUAGAUCUGUCCAUGGAGAGAGGUGAACUACUAUGGGACACAUACUGAGUCUCAGUGAAAAUGACACUGGUUGUUUCUUCUCUUUUCAUUUCUAUUGGUAUUGCAGGACUGCUUUUUCAUUUUGUGAUGCAGCGUACAGUAUGUGUUUUUAAUGUGAAACGAUUAAAAGAAAAGUUUUUGCUGCGGG